CAGCAGAGCUUCAUGAUUCCUACAGCCUCAGGUUUCUGUUCAAGGAUCAGAGGAAAGCACUUGAGUUCAUUGGCCCCAGGUUCUUCCUCAGCAUGGGUCCAGACAGAGGGAAGUCAAUGACUGCCAUGCUCAGAGCUGCAUCAUUGGCCUUUAAGGGUCUUCAUCGCUCCUUGGUGCCCCUCUCAGCAAGAAUGAGCAGCAAUAGGGCAGACAGGAGCUGUGCCCUGGCUGAGAAAGUGGCUGUGAUCACUGGGUCCACAAAGGGGAUCGGCUUCACCACCGCCCGCCGCCUGGCCCGGGACGGGGCCCACGUGGUCAUCAGCAGCCGGAAGCAGCAGAACGUGGACCGGGCAGUGGCCGCGCUGCAGGGGGAGGGGCUGAGCGUGGCGGGCACCAUGUGCCACGUGGGGAAGGCCGAGGGCUGGGAACGGCUUGUGGCUACAGCCCUGGAGCAUUGUGGGGGCGUCAACUUCCUGGUGUGCAUGGCAGGGGUCAACCCUUUGGUGGGCAGCACUCUGGGGGCCAGUGAGCAGGUGUGGGACAAGAUCCUGGACGUGAAUGUGAAGUCCCCGGCCCUGCUGCUGAGCCAGCUGCUGCCCCACAUGGAGAACAGGGGGACAGGCGCCGUGGUUCUGGUCUCAUCUAUGGUAGCCUGUGUGCCAAUACCAAAGCUGGGUGUCUACAACACCAGCAAAACGGCACUGUUGGGUCUCUGUAAGUCUCUGGCUGUGGAGCUGGCACCAAAAGGCGUCCGAGUGAACCGUUUGGUGCCAGGAAUAAUCAAGACUGACUUUAUCCAAGUGGAGAAAACAUUGCCAUACUUGCUACCUGACUUCAAUGACAUCAGUGGAGUGCAGUGGUAGGUAGUGUUUGGGGGAGCCCAAAGAAUGUGCCAGGAUGGUGUCCUUCCUGUGCUCUCUAGACGCCAGCUACAUCAUUGCUGAGAACAUUGUGGUAGCCGGCUUGUCUCCUAAGCUGUGAAGCAGACUGUUAAGAGAGUGGGGCCAUGGUCUUUGGUGUGCAACUGGAGGCUUGGUGGAGAAUAUGGAGGUGGGGAGCCUUAGCAUCCAGAAUCAUACAGGAAAUGAAAAGGAAGGCGAGAUGUUUGAAAUUUCUCGUUUGGAAAUAAAUAUGUUUGGAAA